AUGGAUCAACAUCAGAAUCAGCUUCAAGAUGGAGAGGGCAUUGGCCAAGGAGCUGCCAACCUUAGGCCACAACACCCAGAACGCCAAGCUAGAGCUAUUGGCACACAUGAUGAGCACAAUAUCCAUGGGCAUAGAGCUGGCAUCAGAGCACCAGCUGUGGAAAACAACAGCUUUGAAAUCAAGUCAAGCUUGAUAAACAUGAUCCAGAGCAACAAGUACCAUGGUCUUGCCUUGGAGGAUCUACUAGACCACUUGGAUAACUUUGAUAAGCUGUGUGAAACAACAAAGAUCAAUGGUGUCUCUGAAGAUGCAUUCAAGCUAAGGUUGUUUCCAUUCUCUUUGGGAGACAAACCUCACACAUGGGAGAAAAGCCUUUCAAGAGAUUCAAUCACCACAUGGGAUGAGUGCAAGAAAGCUUUCCUCACCAACAACAGAGGCAGUGGAGGUGAUGAUACAAACACAAAGAGAGAGUUGAAGGCUCUACAACAUAAGAUGGAUUUGCUUCUUUCUGAUAGAGCUAAACAAGAGAAAGUAAACUUUGUUGGUGAGCAGAAACAAGAGGAGACAGUUGUGGUUCAUGAAGUUGAUGGUCUAGAAGUUGAUGGAAGCAACAAUGACCUCAACAAUAAGUUCCUACAACUCUCCUCUCACUUCAAGGUUUUGGAGAAUCAGUUUGCCUCUAUGCCUUCAACCUCCAAGCGUCCACUUGGAUCUCUACCAGAAAAAUCAGAGCAGAAUCUCAAAGAGUAUUGCAAUGUUAUCCUCUCUACUACUUCUUCUGAGAUUGAGCUGAGUGAUCAUGAGAAAGAGGCUGCAACACAGAUUGUGGAUAAGACUGAACACAAGGCUAUGGAGAGGGUAAAGGCACAAGUUGAACUGAAGGUUGCAGCAGAGAAUCUGAAGAGAGAUGAGCACAAGACUGAGAAUCAAGUUGAAACAGAGGCUGUGCAGAGGCUAAAGGAAGUAAAGUUGAAAGGAACCACUGAGGUUGAGCAGUCACCUUAUGAUAAGCUCCCAUUUCCACAAAGGGUACUCACCAAAGCUCAAAAGAAAGUGAACUCCAAGUUCAGAAAGGACAUGAGUUCUGUAGGAGUCAAGCUUCCAGAGAUCUCACAUAUGCGUGAUGCUCAUGUUCAAAUGAUGCUCAUCAAGGACAUUCUAGCUCACAAAGAAGAAGUAGCAGAGUUUCUAGACAUCUCGACUAUGCAGCUUGAUCCACCAGUCACACCAAAGUCCUUCCCCAAACUAGAAACCCAAGGGCAGUUCACCUUGUCUUGCUCCCUUGCUUGCACCAUUCCUAUUGACCUCACUGUUUUGAAGAUGGCAACUGGGAGGAGAGUCCAAUUGAUCCUUGGAACACCAUUUCUCACAACAGUAGGAGCUUGCAUUGACUUUGCCAACAAGAAGGUCACACUCCUCAAUAUAAAUAAAGUUGUCUCCUACCCAAUCAAGUCUCCAAUGAUUAAUGUUGAGUACUGUGGAACCAUCACUUGUGGAGAACGUUCCAUUGAAAAUAUUAAGGAUGAAAUGGUUGUUAGUGGAAAAGAAGGUCUUGAUGGAGAGUCCUUUAAAGAUAUGUGUGAUGAGCACUUGGAAAGUGCAACAAAGGAGGAGGUGAGUAGAGCCACAAAGGCUGCUCAUGACAAGAAGAAGAUGAUGAAAGAACCUCACCCUCCACCUCUUGAUAUGAUGCCACACACUCUCACUCUUCACCCAAUGAAGUUCAAGGAUGGGGCUAUUGAGUACAAGAUCAAAUGCCAGGGAAAGUCUACACCAUUCUCAAGUGCAAAGGCCAUCAUCACUCCACAACUCCAAGAUGAUACAAUCAAGCUUCAAGAGCUCCUCUCAAGUCCUCUCCAUCACUCUUGA